AUGCUCAUGGAUGCCGAUUCAAACACAUACCUAUACUAUAAACGAGUGGUCAGUCAUAUGACCAAUGGUUUGGUACACAUCACACACAUACCCGAGCAGCGGAUCGACUCGUGGCAGGACCUGUACGAUAGGCCGGGCAUUAAGAUUAUGGUAUUUAGAUUUAACGAGCUAGUCACUUACGCCAAUACCCAUAGUACACCGAUGGCACGUGACUUUCUCAAACGUAUCGAGGUCAUUACAUUAAAACAAACCGAAAACUUUUGGCAAACAUUUGCAAAGCGUAUGGAAAGCGGUGAAUACGCUUACGUGAAUAAUCCGUGGAAUAUGAUGACCACGUUUAUGAUGGCUGGUAAUGGAUCUAGCUCAUUAUCCAAGAAAUAUCAUAUAUCUCGUGAAGGGGGCGGAGAAUUGCCGUAUUUUUUAUGGGUUGCGAUAAGAGUGUCGAGGAUUAAGAAUGAAGGCAAAGAAACAGAUUACAAAUUAUUCGGUCAAACGAGCGAUGAAUUUAUAGAUGAAGUGUUGGCUCAAAGAGAAGACAAUACAAGACAUGAAACACAAGACAAUAGAGAGAAGACAAGCGCUGAAGAAGUGGUCGACUCUGAAGACAACGAAUCAAAUGAUGGCAUCGAUUGUCAUAUUAAUGAUGAGACAGACGUUGAAAGUGAUGCCGAAGACAAUGAAGACAACUGUCAAAUAACUGAAGACUUGAUUCAUAAAAACAUUCAAUUGAAUCGCGAAUCAAUUGAGAAUCAAAUAGUCGAUGAUUUGAUUACAAAAUCAGAUAACAAGAGCACAACUGUUACAGGCGUUGGAAGUGAUGCCGAAGACAAUCAUAUUAACGAAGACUUGAAUAAUAAAACUAAUGAAUUGAAUGAUAACUUAAGUGAUAAUCAAAGAGGGAGUGAAUUGAACACAACAUAUAAUACACGGAAACGAAAGUACACUUCAAUUGAUAGCGAAGACAAUGACAAAGAAUCUGAAGAAUUGAGUGACAAUGAAAUGGAUGCUAAUUCUAGUGAUAAAACAAUGUCUGGGAAACCGUCGCGAAAAAGUGGUGUAUUUGUGUGCGAUUACGAGGGCUGUGACGUGUCCUUCCGUGACUCGUAUUUCUUAAAAAGGCACGCAUUUUGUCAUUUGAGUGCAAAAAUCAAGACAUCAAUGGUUUAUAAGAGGAGACCCGACGGGCAAUACGUGUGUCUUAUGGAUGCCUGUAAUGAGGUCUACAAAUACAGAGAUGCUCUCAGAUUACACCAAAUGUCACACUUGAAAGAGUGUCCGCAGACCCACAGUCCGAAUGAGUUAAUCGAAGACAAUGAGGACAACAAUCAUAUGAAUGAAGACUUGAAUAAUAAAACCAAUGAAUUGAAUGACAACUCAAGUGGUAAUCAAAACGCGAGUGAAUUAAACACAACAUAUAAUACACGGAAACGAAAGUACACUUCAAUGGAUAGCGAAGACAAUGACAGCGAAUCUGAAGAAUAUAGAUCUGAUUUGAGUGACAAUUUUGGUGACGAAUGGACAGUUAGGAAACGGGUGCGAAAGGGACCGAAUGGGAAGUUUGUGUGCGACUACAGGGGCUGCGGUCGGGCUUUUAAUUUCUCUUCGUGCUUACGAUUGCAUGCGUUUAAACAUUUGAACGCAAAGACCAGGAAAUUAAUGCUCUUUGAGAAGCGAUCCGACGGCCGAUACGUGUGUCUUAUGGACGCCUGUAAUGGGGUUUAUAAACAGUUCCGUAACCUCCGACAGCACCAAAUCUUACACUUGAAAGACAGACCAAAUGAGUGGACCAAAGAACCCGACGGGAAGUAUGUGUGCCAUUACAAGGGCUGUGACCGGCAUUUCCCAGACGUGAGUGCACUAAAAAGUCACGCAUUUUGUCACUUGAAUGCGAAGACUAAGAAAUCAUUGGUUUUUAAGAAGAGAUCCGACGGCCGAUACGCGUGUCUUAUGGACGCCUGUAAUACCGUCUAUAAACACAAGUAUAACCUUAGAGGUCAUCAAAUGUCACACUUGAAAGAGCCGUUUGCAGACAAUUGUGGAUCAGAUUUGAGUGACGAUGAAAUGGACGACAAGUCGGGCGAUGAAGUAGUUGGCAAAAAAUGGCCGCCAAAAGGAGCCGACGGGAAGUAUGUGUGCGACUAUAAGGGCUGUGACCGGGAAUUCCUGUUUGUGAGAUCUCUAAAAAUGCACGCAUUUUGUCACUUGAAUGCGAAGACCAAGAAAUCAUUGGUUUUUGAGAAGAGAUCCGACGGCCGAUACGCGUGUCUUAUGGACGCCUGUAAUGCGGUUUACAAACACAUUCAACACCUCAGAGGUCAUCAAAUGUCGCACUUGAAAGAGCCGUUUGCAGACUAUUAUGAAUCAGAUUUGAGUGACAAUGAAAUGGACGACCACUGGAUUGGAUGGAAACCCACACGAAAAGCACCCGACAAUAAGUAUGUCUGUGACUAUAGAGCCUGCGGGACAUCCUUUAAGAUACUGAAUGAACUACGAAAGCAUGCGUUCAGACAUUUGAGUGCAAAACUUAGGAAAACAUUGGCUUUUAAACGACGAUCCGACGGAAUAUAUGUGUGUUUUUGGGGCGAAUGUAUUAAAACAUACAAAACUAGCGGUGAAAUGAAAGGACAUGUAAUGUCACACUUGGGACACACGUUAAAAGUAGUCGACGGGAAGUUUGUAUGUAAAUACAAGGACUGCGGCCGUGCUUUUCGGUUCGCUUUUCUCCUAAAACAGCACGCGUUCUGUCACUUGAGUCCUAACAUCAAGACAUCGAUGGUGUUUAAGAUACGGCCCGACAACCGAAUUGUGUGUCUUAUGAACGCCUGUAAUAAAGUCUAUGAACAAAUGAAUAGCCUUCGAGGCCAUCAAAUCUCACACUUGAAAGCGCCGUAUGUAGACAAUUGUGGAUCAGAUUUAGGUGAUAAUGAAAUGGACGAUAAAUGUGAUGAUCACUGGAUUGGUUGGAAACCCACCCGAAAACCUGACGGACAGUAUGUGUGUGACUAUAGAGGCUGUGGGAAACUGUGUCGAACACGGCCUGAAAUACUAAAGCAUGCAUUCAGUCAUUUGAGUGCAAAGCUUAAGAAAUCAUUGGCUUUUAAGACCAGAUCUGAUGGCAUAUAUGUGUGUCUUUGGGGCGAAUGUAUUAAGACAUACAAAGCUAUCGAUGAAAUCAAAGGACAUGUAAUGUCACAUUUAGAGGAUCCGUUAAAGUGGUCGCAGACCUGUUGUCGCAAUGAAUUGGCAGAAGAAUUAAAUGAAUCAAUUGAUAGCCAAAGAGUGAGUGAAUUAAACACUAAGACUAAUGACAAUCGAAAAUACAAAUCAGCGGAAAGUGACGACAAUGAUAGCGAAACUGAAGAAUACGGAUCCGGUUUGAGUGACAAUGAAAUGGACGAUAAAUCGGGCGACGAAUGGAUGGGUGAGAAACGGCUGCGAAAAAGACGGAAUGGAAAGUAUGUGUGCGAUUACAGGGGCUGUGGAUUGCAAUUCAAAAAGCCCUCACAAUUGCGAAGGCAUUCAUUCACUCACUUGACAGCGAAGGCAAAGAAAUCGUUUAUCUUUAAGAGGAGAUCCGACGGCCAGUUUGUAUGUCUUAUGGGCGCCUGUAAUGCGGUAUUCAAACGGAUUGAUAGCCUCAGAGGCCAUCAAAUGUCACACUUGAGAGAGCCGUUAAAGUGUCCGCAAACCGAUUGUCCGUUCGUAGCCAUCACUCGAGUGGCCCUUCAAAAGCACGUGAUUAUACACCCGAAGCCAUACGCGUGCGACACGUGUGGCCUAAAGUUCAGGAGCAAUGGGUAUUUAACUCAACACAAACGCAGACAUAACGAUGCGUUGAAAUACCGGUGCGAUUGGCCAGAGUGUGGCCGACUUUUUUCAGAAAAAUGUCUAUUAAGAGAUCACGUGAACACACAUACAAAGUGCAUAAAGGGUUGGCUGAGUAUCGGUGCCAUUGGCCAGAGUGUGACUACAAGACCACAAAUCGCAUCGCUGAAUUAGUUAUUGAGAUAUAAAUUAUUGGCCAAAAUAGAAGUGGUCGACUCUGAAGACAAUGAAUCAAAUGAUGGCAUCGAUUGUCAUAUUAAUAACGAUUCAAACGAUGAAACAGAUGUUGGAAGUGAUGCCGAAGACAAUGAGGACAACAAUCAUAUGAAUAAAGAUAUUAUCAGAGAUGAGACACAAAGCGAAUCCAACAUUGAUUUUAAACCAAUAAUUGGUAAAAAUAAUACCGAAAACAAUGAGAAUAACAAUCAUAUGAAUGAAGACUUGAAUAAUAAAACAAAUGAAUUGAAUGACAAUUCGAGUGGUAAUCAAAAAGAGAGUGAAUUAAACACAACAUAUAAUACACGGAAACGAAAGUACACUUCAAUGGAAGGCAAUGACAGUGAAUCUGAAGAAUAUAGACCUAAUUUGAGUGACAAUUCGGGCGACGAUCACAUGUCUGGGAAACCACCGCAAAAGGGAUCAAAGUUUGUGUGUGACUAUAAGAACUGCGACCGAACUUUCCCGUCAAAGUAUCGCUUAAAUAAACACUUGUUUUCACAUUUGAGUCCAAAAACCAAGACAUCGAUGGUAUAUAAGAGGAGACCCGACGGCCGAUACCUGUGUCUUAUGGACUCAUGUAAUGAGGUUUACAAAGACAGACAUAGCCUUAGAGUUCACCAAAUGUCACACUUGGAAGCGUUACUAAAGUGUUUACCGAUUGACUGUCUGAAUGAAUUGACCGACGAAUUAAAUGACGAAUCAAAUGACAGCCAAAGUGUUAGUGAAAUAAACACUAAGACGAGUGGCAAACGUAAACCCGACGGGCAGUACGUGUGUGACUAUAAGAAGUGCGACCGAACUUUCCCGGACUUGACUCACUUAAACAGACACUCGUUUUCACAUUUGAAUCCCAAAAUCAAGUCAUCCAUACUCUUCACGAGUAGACCCGACGGCUGGUAUGUGUGCGCCAAAGACGCCUGUAAUGCGGUCUACAAAGACAUCCGUGAUAUCAGAGGACACCAAAUGUCACACUUGGAGGAGCAGCUAAAGUGUCCGCAAACCGAUUGUCCGAAUGAAUUGACCGAAGAAUUAAAUGGAGAAUCAAUUGAUAGCCAAAGAGUGAGUGAAUUAAACACUAAGACUAAUGGCAAACGAGAAGACAAAUCAGCGGAAAGUGCAGACAAUGGCAGCGCAACUGAGGAAUACGGUUCCGAUUUAAGUGACAAUGAAAUGGACAAUAAAUAUGGCAUUGAAUGGAUCGCUGGGAACCCUUUGCGAAAGUCUCUUAAUGGCAAAUAUGUGUGUGAUUACAGGGGCUGUGGAUUGCAAUUCAAAAAUCCCACGGGACUAUUGGGCCACGCAUUCAACCAUUUGAAUGCAAAGGCAAAGAAGUCAUUCGUGUUUAAGAGGAGAUCCGACGGUCGAGACGCUUGUCUUAUAGACGGAUGUAAUCAAGUAUUCACACGGAAUUCACAUCUCAGAGGCCAUCAAAUAUUACACUUCAAACAGCGAAAAUGUCCGCAAACUGACUGUCCGUUCACAGCCAUUACCCGCGCGGCACUUACUAAACACGUGAAGACACACCCGAAGCCAUACGCGUGCGACACCUGUGGCUUAAAGUGCAAAAGCAGGAAGUUAUUAACUGCACACAAACACACACAUGACAAAUUGGUGAAACGACAUCGAUGUGAUUGGCCAGAGUGUGGCCGAGUGUUUGGCGUAAAAUCUCGCUUAAGACUUCACAUGAACACACAUACGGGCGCUGUUCACCACCCGUGCGAAUGGCCCGGUUGUGGACACACUUAUACUAAUAUAGAUUCUUUAAAAAUGCAUGUGCAUAGAGUGCAUAAAGGGUUGGCUGACUAUCGGUGCCAUUGGCCAGAGUGUGACUAUCAGACAACAAAUCGCAUCCGACUUAACAAUCAUAUCCAUAGACAACACGAGGGUUUGGAUGACUACCAGUGCUCUCAUACGGGAUGUGAUUAUAAGACAUCAAAAUGUGGUCAAAUGGACGCACAUAUGAAGACUCACACAAAAUCAUGA